UGUCUUGUUAUUCCAGCUUCACUGUCGAGUGGCCAUUUUUCUGUGUCCGGAUCCCGGUUCCGCUCGUUUCUCUCCUAAAACCGCUUUUAACAACGAACAUUAACGGAUAUCACCGGCAAACGAGUCUCGAACCUUAACUGCACUCAUCGCGGGGAAGAAAACGGCAGAUAAAGCGGGAGUUUCCGUGUGUUGUCCAUCAUGAAUCCUGAAUACGAUUACCUGUUCAAACUCCUGCUGAUCGGAGACUCGGGCGUCGGGAAGUCCUGCCUUCUGCUGCGUUUCGCUGACGACACGUACACCGAGAGCUACAUCAGCACCAUCGGGGUGGACUUCAAGAUCCGGACGAUAGAGCUGGACGGCAAGACCAUCAAACUGCAGAUCUGGGACACCGCCGGUCAGGAGCGCUUCCGCACCAUCACGUCCAGCUACUACAGAGGAGCUCACGGCAUCAUCGUGGUCUACGACGUCACGGAUCAGGAGUCCUUCAAUAAUGUGAAGCAGUGGCUCCAGGAGAUCGACCGCUACGCCAGUGAGAACGUCAACAAGCUCCUGGUGGGCAACAAGUGUGAUCUGACCACCAAGAAGCUUGUGGACUACACCGCCGCGAAGGAGUUUGCGGACUCUCUGGGCAUCCCGUUCCUGGAGACGAGUGCGAAGAGCUCCAGUAACGUGGAGCAGGCCUUCAUGACCAUGGCCGCGGAGAUCAAGAGGAGGAUGGGCCCUGGGGCCACGGCUGGGGGACCCGACAAAUCCAACGUCAAGAUCCAGAGCACGCCGGUCAAGGCCUCCAGCGGAGGAUGCUGCUGAGAACCACCCGACGCAAACACACGACAGCUCCAUCAAGACCACAGUAACGUUACACCACACCAGUCAGUCAGUCAGUGAGUCAGUGAGUGUGUGUGUGUGAGAGAGAGAGAGAGAGAGACAAAGACUGUGUGUGUGUGUCUGUGUUUCUCAUUAAUAUUCUCACACACACACACACACAAAGUAAGAAAGGAUUAAAGUAAACGGCCUGAUAUCGAUUGACUAAUGCAAACGUUGUUAUGACAAACGUUUCCUACGUGAUCCGCUGGGUUGAACAUCGCGAACGCCCCGCACUCUUACACACACACACACACACAAGCAUCCAGAAGCACUUUUGGGCGAAGAAGUCCCGUUUCCUGUGUUUAGAGGAAACCACAACUAGAUUUGGCUUUGAACUUCCUGUCGGAACUUUGAAGGAAGCAGUGGACUGUGAUGUCAUAGCUGACCUCGGAUCAGUGGGUUCCGUUACUAUGGCUCCCGGUGUGGUUGCCCCGGCGACCUCUUCUUCAACCGCUGCCUUCUCUCUGCUUUUGGUGGACCUUUUUUUUUUUUUUCCUGUUUUUUUUUUUUUAUGAUCUUCAUCAUUUCAAGAUGGCGGUCCUCUGAGCGCGACGCUUCAUCGAACGCUUGUUCAAAUGCAUUGCCAUUAUGUGUUUGUUGUUCGCCACGAUUCUAACAGCAUUAUCAUCCUGUGCAAUUUUGUGUAAUAAUACUUUGGAAAACAAGAACCAAAUCCUGGUAGUUUAAAUGUCAAUAUUAUGAGUUGGUUCUGUCUCUUAAUCAGUUUUGAUGCUUACACACACACACACACACACACACACGUAUAUUAUGUAUAUCCUGUAUAUUGGACUCAACAUUUGUUUACUGACAGCACAACAGCAGCGUCACUGUUAUGGAGAUGCAGAUUUACGUAUGAAUGCGAGUGACUGGUAAACAGGAAAUGACAUAGUUAAAUAGUUAAAGCAACUUCCUUAUGUAUUUUUUUCUGUUUUCGGGGGGAAAUAUGGUCUUUUUCGAUCUUCUUUUAUGUCACACAAUGUUUAAAUAAACUAUGAAGGAAAAGUUUAAUAAAAAUGGUUUUAACUGGAA